AUGGCUGCGUAUCCCGAGAACAACCGAACGUGGCAGAUUAUCCAUAACGCCCGGAAGGGUGGGUAUGCCGUUGGCGGGUUCUGUGUGUACAAUGCGGAAGGCGUUCUUGCAGUGAUCAAGGCGGCGGAGCGAUGUCGUUCCCCCGCAAUGAUCCAAUUCUUCCCAUGGACCUUGCACUUCCACGGCCCUGCAUUUAUCAAGUACGCAGCCGAGGUUGCCCGCGCGGCUUCAGUGCCUAUAUCUAUCCAUCUCGACCAUUGUUUGAAGCCCAGUGAUGCGGAUCUGGCUUUGGAGUGCGCGUUCGACUCCAUCAUGGUCGACGGGUCCAUGUAUGAUGAGGAGGGCAACAUCAAGUACGUCAAAUCCGUCGUGGACAGGGCCAAGGACAAGGGCAUCACCGUUGAGGCUGAGCUUGGGAGAAUGGAAGGAGGGGAGGACGGACUGCCGACGAUUGACCUGGAGAGUGUCUUUACCGACCCAGACAUGGCCGCCGACUUUGUGAAGAAGACCGGUGUUCAUUUCUUAGCCCCUAGCUUUGGGAAUGUCCACGGCCCAUAUCCUGCUGGAGGCGCAGAGAAGCACUGGAGACUGGACAGGCUGGAGAAGAUCCAUGCGGCUUUAGGUGAUGCAACACCGCUCGUUCUACAUGGCACUCACCCGCUGUCAGAUGAGAUGAUCCGAGUGGGAAUGGCACGAGGGAUGGUCAAGGUCAAUCAGAACCGAAAUGUGAGGAAUGGGUAUCACGAGUACAUUGCAGAAAACUGCACCAAGGUCGAGUUGACAACCCUGCAGGUAGAAGCUGUGGAGGCAUAUUCAAAAGGGGUUGAGAGACUCAUGGUAGAAGUGUUUGAUUCAGCAGGCAAAGCUUAG